AUUCGCAUCACAUCCAGCACACGUAUUCCAUCCGUUUUUGCAGUUAUCUCGAUCUUUUGUGUGCGUAUAAAAAGACGGUAUCGUUUGGAAUAAAGACACUCGGGUGAUAUAUUGAUAUAAGUAUUGUGCUCCAGUGCUAUAUGUGAAUUGUGCCAAAAUCUAAAAAACUCUGCAUUUCUGUAAAAAGUUAUUUCGACUUAACGAUGAACAAGCCGGUAGUUGCCUACCAGUGGGGUUUUACUGAAGUGAAUAUGAAGAAAUCUAACUUUUUGUGGAAAAUCAACAACUACAGUCAUAUAAGCAAAGAUACUGGAGUCAUACUUGAAUCGCCUCUGUUUUCGCUCGAUGCUGAUGACGAAACGAAAUGGUACUUAGGACUGUACGCGAACGGUUAUAAUAACUCAAAUUACGUAAGCUUGUAUUUUAUGAACAAAUCAUCGAUUGAUUUCCAAGCGGAAGCUGAAGUUACUUUAUCCAUGUUGGACGCUAAUGGAGUUAAAUGCAGCAAAAAGAAGAUAAAAAAAGAACUAACUAAAGGUAGCGUAAAUUCUGUUGGAUUUGAUUGGUACGUAGAGAAAAGUUAUCUCAAGCACGAAGCAUACAAUCUGAUCGUAAAUGACGUCCUUACAAUUUUUUGCGAGUACACCAUCAUCACCGACAUAGUGAACUCGACGAUGCAAGGCUUGCAAAGCCCCAAACUUUUAGAGCAAAAAGCUCUCGAGGCGUUCGAGAGACAGUUCGAAUCGGACGAGUUUCACGACUUCACGCUCACGGCUCCCUGUGGAAAGCAACUUCGCGCGCACAAAUUUGUGUUGGCUGCCCGAAGCCCGGUAUUUUCAUCGAUGAUUAUUCGAGAUAUGAAAGAAAAGAAUGAGAACAACGCCAACAUAAAAGAAGUGGAUUACGCCUCGCUGAGAGAAAUGCUGCGCUUUAUGUACUCCGCAAAGGUUGAAAAUCUCAAAGAAUUGGCCGGUGGUGUUCUCGAAGCGGCCCGAAAGUAUCAAGUCGACGGAUUGAAGGAAGUAUGCGAGGAAUAUCUGUUUAAAAACUUGACCGUCGAAAACGCAGUCGAGACUCUGGCACUCGCUUAUCGCUACGAAAUAGAGAAUUUAAAAGCUCAAGCCAGUAAAUUCAUCACGUUCCACGCCAAGGAAAUAAUCGAAACUCCGGAAUUUCAAUCCGUCGACGAAGCGAAUUUGCUGUCAGAGAUUAUUCGUGUAAUCGCUUCUAACAAAUAAGUUGCCAAUUGUCGAUUCUAUUUCCAUCGCUUUCGCGCAUAUCAAAUUUCUUUUUUGGCUCUUAAAACAAAAUGAUGGCGCCAUCCAUACAACUCGCCUAAGCUAUAGACACAACAAGUUGCCGGGUUGCCGCCGGUUUCUUUUCUUUUGCUUUUGCUAUACCUAACGAGCCACGCAGUGUUUACAGUGUUUGCAGAGCGAGCCGCGGCGCCUGUCAUUUUAGUUGUGAGCGUCAGUUUGAUCUCGGCAGCACGGCUCUUCAGUUUGGCGUAACCGUUGACGAAUAUACCUAGUUUCACAGUUUUCUAAAAUAAUAUAUACUUAUUACCUACACGUUAUCAGUGAUCACAGGAGAAUAUAAUAAUAAGUGACUAUAGUGCAAAACGGGAAAAGAGACGUACAUAUUCAACUCUUAUUUCAAGGUUAAUCGACAUUGAUAACAUGAAUAAGCCAUUAGUUGCGGCUGAGUUGGGUUUCACCGAACAACAAAUCAUGAUAUCAAGUUAUGCGUGGAAAAUCAAAAACUUCAGAUUUAUCAAUAUGCCGGCUGGAGAGAGGCUUGAAUCCCCAACGUUUAACUUGGCUUCUGAUAAGACAGUAGACUGGUAUUUAGCGUUAUAUCCAUUUGGUAUAGAUAAGGCUUAUAAACACUGCAUCAGUGCAUCUCUUGGCAAUAAAUCAAAAUCAACCGAGAAGUUUAGCAUGGACGUUUCAUUUUCGAUUUCUGUUCUAGAUCGAAAAGGUCAAAUCGUUCAUAAAAGAUCAAAGAAUUCAGUAAUAAACUCCAACUCAUUCAACGGUUUUAACGAAUUUCUGGAAAGGCAUACUCUUACAGCUGAGAACAGCAACAUGUUGAUAAACGACGUUCUAACCAUACUCUGCGAAUUCAUUGUAGUAGGCAAGACAGUGAAUUAUUCGAAACAGGAAUACACGAAAUACUCCGCAGCUUACAAUACAAUUUCAAAACGAAAAGUUUUGUUGAACGAUAUCGAGUGUCAAUUGGAGGCCGAUAGAUUCCACGAUUUGACGAUCACUGCGCCCUGCGGCACUGAACUCCACGCCCACAAGUUCAUGUUGGCAGCACGGAGUCCAGUGUUUCGGGCAAUGUUUACCGUAGACAUGAAGGAAAAGGCAAACAAUGCAGUAAAAAUCGAGGAUAUUACUUACAAUGCUCUGAAGGAAAUGAUACGAUUUAUGUACACGGCUAAGGUCGAAAACCUCGACACAUGCCUGGAUGGAGUUUGGAUGGCAGCGGAAAAAUAUCAGAUCAGCGGAUUAAAGGGCGAGUGUAGAGAUUAUCUUUUCGAUAAUUUGAGCAUUGACAACGCUGUUAAAACAUUGACGUACUGUCAUCAAUUUCAAUUGAACGAUUUGAAAGCCUUAACGCAUCGAUUCAUGACAUUCCACGCAAAAGAUAUUGCCAACACUGAGUCAUUCAAGUCCAUAGAUGAUCCGGAUUUGUUGAUGGAAAUUGUUCAAAACCUGACUCUUAAAUCAUAAAUAGUUUAUUCGAUAUAAUAUUAAUGUUUAAAACGCGUUACUUUUAUGUUUUGUACUUACGUACCUUUACGUUCAUGUUCAGCUUGAGUUUUAAUCGUUUUCUGUAAUACUUGUAAUCAACGACGUGUUGAAAAAAAAUCAAUCAGUUGAAAAAUCAAGAAAAGAAUAUUAAGUAUAAUCAUCCGACAUCUACGCUAUCGAGAUACAACAAGCACAUCUCGCAAAUUCAAAUUCAAAAAUGUCGAGAAAUAGCAGCAACAAAGCAUGUGGGAAAAGUCAUCAUGCUUUCGAGCAAAGCCCUCCUGGAAAAAAAAUUCAUCAAUCAGAUGUUCGAAGCUUCGAGGAACGUCCCUGACAGUGCACACGCGCAGCUGCAACGAGCUUACCAUAAUCCAACCCAACCACAUCCACACGGCACACGGCACACAGCAUCGUCGACGGUGAUCUCCUUUCAUCGCGGCUAGUUAGACGUCGACCUAUAAAUUGACGGCGGCAAAAUCCGAGCUCGUCAGAGAGCGAACACAACAGCAGUAGCUACGUUGCUUCCGAGCGGCGCGCACACCUCUACUGACGAUGUCUCGUGCACCGGCUUUGUUCCCAGUGUUGGCACUGUUGCUGGCGUUGGCGAUAAAUUUCCCAAGCGCGGUAAAUGCCGGUUGCUUCCUGGAACGUGGCGUCUCGAAUCUUGGCGAGCACGACGCCUACACCUGUCUCCGCAGCAAGGACUUUCAGAAGGACCUGGACCGGUUACCCCUCAACGUCACGAAGCUCGUGAACAUCGCCUUCCGGAACAGCGUAGUGCCCAAACUCGAGGCCGACUCCUUGAAGAAGCUCGGUACCAAAGCCCUUGGCCUCAGCAUCGUCUACUCCGGCCUUGAGCAGAUCCAUGACGACGCCUUCCAGGGACUGGCCGAGCUCAAGGGCCUGAUUCUCAGGCGCAACCGUAUCACCGAGGUCAAGAAGUCCUGGUUCACGAAUCUUGGCAAACUUGAAAGCCUCGACCUCAGCGGCAACAUGAUCCGCCAGUUCGACCCGGCGAUCUUCGACCUGACGCCCAUGAUCCAGGAAUUCGAGGUCUCGGAGAACCUGCUGACCAGCUUCGACCUCGACGCGAUGAAGAGCAAAUGGCCAAAACUGAAGAAGGUCGGUCUCCAGUGGAAUCCCUACGACUGGAUCCAGGGCAUCAAGAUCAUCGAGUAUUCGAACGCCAAUCCGAGCUUGGUAAAGAACUCGUACGCCUCGAUCGACGGUAUCCGCGACACCUACAAACUCGUCAAAGAGUGCAUGAACACCAUAAGCAAGAAGGACGAUCUUACGGAGCUCGACACCUGUCUCCAAGCCAAGCUGACCAAGGCACUCGAAAUUCCCAAGAUGCUGGAGGGCGAGAAACCAGCUGAUCCGGCCAAAACCGCGUAAUCGGCUGGCAAUCGAAAGGUGACGAUGCCUUACGCACGGUGCUUGUAUGCUAUAAUGUAUUUCACGGCUGUAAGAUGAAUUUACGAGAAGUGCUUUAACACAUGUAUAAAAUAUCGUAGGCGAGAUUUGUGAAACAUAAAUAAAGAUAUGUUUAAAUUAUUUUUAAA